CCAACCCGUCGGGGCCGCUGCUCCGGACCCGCCAGCCGCCGCCGCGCGCCGCCCGCCGCCCGCCGCCGCCUCCUCCCCCCGGAUCGGGUGUACUGUCCCAACCCGAAAGUCCAGUUCUGCGGCCCGGCAGCGGCGAGCGAGCGAGCGAGCGAGCGCGAUGACACAGGAGUACGACAACAAACGGCCAGUGUUAGUUCUUCAGAAUGAAGCACUUUAUCCUCAGAGGCGCUCCUAUACUAGCGAGGAUGAAGCUUGGAAGUCUUUCCUGGAGAACCCUCUCACUGCGGCCACCAAAGCGAUGAUGAGCAUCAACGGGGACGAGGACAGCGCGGCUGCGCUCGGCCUGCUCUACGACUACUACAAGGUCCCGAGGGAGAGACGGUCAUCCACGGCAAAGCCAGAGGUUGAACACCCAGAGCCAGAGCACAGCAAAAGAAACAGCAUCCCAAAUGUGACUGAACAGCCCCUCAUUGCUGCCGGAGAAAACAGAGUGCAGGUCUUGAAAAACGUGCCCUUUAACAUCGUCCUUCCCCACGGCAACCAGCUGGGCGUCGAGAAGAGGGGCCAUCUGACUGCGCCGGAUACUACAGUCACGGUCUCCAUAGCAACCAUGCCUACACACUCCAUCAAGACGGAAAUCCAGCCACAUGGCUUUGCUGUGGGAAUCCCCCCCGCAGGGUAUCACCCCGAGCCCACGGAGCGCGUGGUGGUGUUUGACCGGAAUCUGACCGCAGACCAGUUCAGCUCGGGCGCUCAGCCUCCCAAUGCUCAGCGGCGGACUCCAGACUCCACCUUCUCUGAGACCUUCAAGGAGGGCGUUCAGGAGGUUUUCUUCCCCUCGGACCUCAGUCUGCGGAUGCCGGGCAUGAACUCAGAGGACUAUGUGUUUGACAGUGUUUCUGGGAACAAUUUUGAGUAUACCUUAGAAGCAUCCAAGUCGCUGCGGCAGAAGCCGGGAGACAGCACGAUGACGUACCUCAACAAAGGCCAGUUCUACCCCGUCACCUUGAAGGAGGUGAGCAGCAACGAAGGGAUCCACCACCCCAUCAGCAAAGUUCGAAGCGUGAUCAUGGUGGUUUUUGCAGAAGACAAGAGCAGAGAGGAUCAGCUACGGCACUGGAAGUACUGGCACUCUCGCCAGCACACUGCUAAACAAAGGUGCAUUGACAUAGCUGACUAUAAAGAAAGCUUCAAUACCAUCAGUAAUAUCGAGGAGAUUGCUUACAAUGCCAUUUCCUUCACCUGGGACAUUAACGAUGAAGCAAAGGUGUUCAUCUCUGUGAACUGCUUGAGCACAGAUUUCUCCUCUCAGAAGGGUGUGAAGGGCUUGCCUCUCAACAUCCAGAUUGACACUUACAGUUACAACAACCGCAGCAAUAAGCCAGUGCACCGGGCGUACUGCCAGAUCAAAGUCUUCUGUGACAAGGGAGCCGAACGGAAAAUCAGGGAUGAAGAACGAAAGCAAAGUAAAAGAAAAGUUUCUGAUGUCAAAGUGCCCCUGCUUCCCUCACACAAACGAAUGGACAUCACGGUGUUCAAGCCCUUCCUCGACCUCGACACGCAGCCUGUGCUCUUCAUUCCUGACGUGCACUUCGCCAGCCUGCAGCGGGGCGCCCAUGUUCUUUCUAUUGCUUCAGAAGAAUUGGAGGGCGAAGGGUCUGCCUUGAAAAGGGGGCCGUAUGGAACGGAAGAUGACUUCGCGGUCCCCCCUCCCGCAAAGCUGGGCCGGGCAGAAGAGCCUAAGAGAGUGUUGCUGUACGUGCGGAAGGAGUCAGAAGAAGUCUUUGAUGCCCUCAUGCUCAAGACCCCGUCUUUGAAGGGCUUGAUGGAGGCUAUCUCAGACAAAUACGAUGUGCCCCAUGACAAGAUUGGGAAAAUAUUCAAGAAGUGCAAAAAAGGGAUCCUGGUGAACAUGGAUGACAACAUUGUGAAGCAUUACUCUAAUGAGGACACUUUCCAGCUGCAGAUCGAGGAGGCGGCGGGCUCGUACAAGCUCACGCUGACGGAGAUCUGAGCCUGCGCCCGCCCGCAGCCCCAUGGGAGCCCAGUGGUGUCCCCCAGACCUGGCGGCCGUUGGGCCAGCAGAGGCACCCACGCCCCCUUGCAGAUCCUGGCAUCUCGGGGGAAAGAAUUCCCUUUGCCUUGAGGAUGGAGCUGCAGUUAAUGUGUUGCAUGGGCGGUUUUCAGAUGACAGAGAGAUCCGUAGAUGAAUUUGUGUGAAUUUCUAAUAUAUGUAGGAAAUGCAAGGUGAAAACUCUUAUUUCAGGACUUAACUGGCUC